UUGCGGAGUAAAAAUAAUUUUUGACAGUGUAACACUAAAUUUGGUGUAACCGCUGUCAAAAAGUUGUUGCGGGAGAACAGAAGAGUAAGAAUGGGGCCUUUGGCGCUUAAUCUACACUCCUUGUCCUUGGGAGUACAGAUCUGAAAUCGGAAGCUUAUUCAUCCAUUACCUUACCAGUUACUGCCAUGGAUCGCCUCCUCAAAGCUGCCAGAGCUUCCGGUUCCCUCAACCUCUCAAAUCGCUCUCUCAGAGAAAUUCCGAACGAGGUCUACCGGAGCUUGGAUUCAGUUGAGGACGGCGAGAAGUGGUGGGAGGCUGUGGAGCUUCAAAAACUCAUUGUAGCUCACAACAAUAUUAAAGUUUUGAAGGAAGAUUUGAGAAAUUUGCCUCAACUCACAGUCUUAAAUGUCAGCCACAACAAACUUACGGAGCUUCCAGCUGCCAUUGGAGAGCUUCCCGCGCUAAAAUCAUUGGAUGUGUCCUUCAACUCGAUACAACAAUUACCUGACGAAAUCGGGUCUGCAAUAUCACUUGUCAAAAUUGAUUGUUCACACAAUCAGCUUAAGGAACUCCCGACCUCACUUGGAAGAUGUGUGGGCUUAUCAGACUUGAAGGCAUCAAACAACAGCAUCACCAGUUUGCCAGAAGAUAUGGUGAAUUGUUCAAAAUUGAGUAAACUAGAUGUGGAGGCAAACAAGCUAACUAUGCUAUCUGAUAAUUUGAUCGCAUCAUGGACCCAGCUUACGGAACUCAAUGCAUCAAAAAAUUUUCUGAGUAGCAUACCAGAGAGCAUUGGAUGCCUUUCACGUAUCAUUCGUCUUGACCUCCAUCAGAACAGAAUUUCAUCUGUCCCUUCAUCAAUAACUGGUUGUUGUUCCCUUGUGGAGUUCUACAUGGGAAAUAAUGCACUGUCAACAUUACCAGCAGAAAUCGGGACACUCUCUCAUUUAGGGACUUUUGAUCUUCAUUCAAAUCAGCUGAAGGAGUACCCAGUGGAGGCAUGCAAGUUGCGUCUCUCAGUCCUGGAUCUCUCAAACAAUUCAUUGACUGGAUUGGCUCCUGAGCUUGGUGAGAUGACCACCCUGCGAAAACUUUUGCUUACUGGGAACCCUUUACGAACACUUCGAAGCUCAUUGGUUUCUGGACCCACACAAGCUUUGUUGAGGUACCUUCGGAGUAGACUGCCUCAAAGUGAAGAAGCUGAAAACACAACUACAUCAAAAGUAGAUGUCAUUACGAUGGCAACUCGGUUGUCUAUAACUUCAAAGGAACUUUCAUUGGAAGGGUUGGGUUUGAGUGCUGUGCCCUCACAAGUAUGGGAAUCGGGUGAGGUCGUUAAAGUUGAUCUUUCUAGGAAUUCUAUUCAAGAACUGCCAGUUGAACUUUCCUCGUGUACAUCCCUCAAUACUUUGAUUCUGUCCAGAAACAAGAUUAAGGAAUGGCCUGGUGCUAUUUUCAAGACACUUCCCAAUCUACUGUCUUUGAAAUUGGAAAGUAAUUCACUUGGACAGAUUCCAUCAGAUGGGUUCCAAGCAAUCCCUAUGCUUCAGGUUCUGGAUCUAAGUGGCAAUGCAGCGUCAUUGCCAGAGCAUCCACCAUUUUCUAGCUUGCCACAUUUACAGGAGCUAUACCUCAGACAAAUGCAGAUAUACGAAGUUCCAUCUGAGAUUUUGAGUUUACAGAAUUUGAGGAUACUUGACCUUAGCAGAAAUUCCCUUCAAUCAAUUCCACUGGGAUUCAAAAAUCUUACUUCUCUUGUUGAGUUUGAUCUAUCUGACAAUAACAUAUCAGCACUUCCCGCAGAGUUGGGUUUCCUUGAACCCAGUUUGCAGGUCUUAAGACUUGAUGGAAAUCCGUUGAGAAGCAUCCGGAGGACAAUCUUAGACAGAGGGACCAAGGCUGUCUUGACAUAUUUGAAAGACAAAAUUACAGAUCUCUAGUUUAGUUGCAGAUCUCUCCGGACAUCUCUCACUCUGUUCACUUGUCAGAAUUUUUAAUUUGAAGAUUACGCACUUCUUUACAUGGUUGGAUUGUGAGUGUGACAUUUGUGACCUUGUGAAUUAAUUUAUGAUCGUUUUUUGUUUCGUUUCAAAUAUCCCAAUGUUUGCCUAUGGGAUUGUGUUUCUUGUUGCUGAUAAUAAUGUAUUUUAUACAUGUUUUGAAAUUACAAACAUUGUUUCAUUUUGUGCU